AUGUAUUUACUUGACGCCCCCCCACUCCCCACGGAGUCAGGUUGUGGCACAAGUAAAACCUCACGUUCUGCUCGGCGCGUGCGAGGCAUUAAUUCUUCCUUUCUUUAUUCGAACGAUCUCACAUUUGCUUUCUUUCUGACUUUCUUUCUUUCUUUCUUUCUUUCUUUCUUUCUUUCUUUUACUUCUCUCUCUCUCUCUUUUUUAUUCUCUAUAUUCUUAAUUUUCUUUUUUUUCUUUCCUUUUUGUUUAUUUUUCUCGUUUCUUCUUCUUUUCUUUUUUUUUAACUCUUUCUCCCACUCCUUUCUGUUUUCUCUUUUUCAUUUUUCUCCCACUUUCUUCAUGAGGUACUUCUUUAUCUCCCUUUCUCACUGUUCAUUGUUAUCUACAUUUAUUUAUUUAUUUGCUUAUAUCUUUCCUGUACUUAUUUCUCCAUCUUAUUGCCCUUCCUUCUUUCCUUUCUUUCUUUCUUUCUUUCUUUCUUUCUUUCUUUCUUUCUUUCUUUCUUUCUUUCUUUCUUUCCUUCUUUCUUUCUUUCUUUCUUUUAGUUUCUAUUCGUCCUUUUUGGUUUUAAUUUUUCUUUCUUUCUUUUCCUUCCUUUCUUCUUUCUUUCUGUUUAAAUAUUCAUAUAAUUUGCCAUCUAUCUCUUGCUAUUUCGUUCUUUCUCAUUUAUGCUUGAAAUGCUGCAUACAAUUUUUUUUUUUUUUUUUUUUUUCUCUUUCAUCUUCAAUCUUUAUUCAUUUCUCAUGUAUUCAUCUCUCAGUAUUUUACUUAUUUUUCUCUUUAAAUCUUUAA